AAAUAAAUCUCUGUAUAGCACUCAUUAUUCAUUAGUUGUAUCUCUAAUGAAGCAAACAAUAGUGGGAAUGUUGACGCAUUUUCUUUCACUACUCCUCGGUGUCCUUACUAUUUUGGUUUUGAUACAAGCUCAGGAUCAAUCAGGAUUUAUAAGCAUAGAUUGCGGUCUACCUGAAAACUCAAGCUAUGCUGAGACAAGCACAGGCAUAAACUACAUAUCUGAUGAAAACUUCAUAGAUACAGGUGUAAGUAAUAAGAUACCACCUCCUCUAGGCAACAUUAUUUUACAGCAACUAGAACAUGUGAGGAGCUUUCCUAGUGGAGUGAGAAACUGUUACAGAAUAGAUGUAACAAAUGGUACUAAAUACUUAAUCAGAGCUUCUUUCUUUUAUGGAAACUAUGAUAAUCUAAAUGAGCCACCAGAGUUUGAUAUUCAUUUUGGACCUAAUGCGUGGGAUACAGUCAAGUUCACCAACUUAUCACGCGUCGUAAUGAGUGAGAUCAUUUACACUCCAUCACUAGAAUACAUACAACCAUGUCUUGUUAACACAGGCAAAGGAACUCCUUUCAUUUCCGUCAUAGAAUUGAGGACUUUGAACAAUGAAGCUUAUGUCACAUACUCAACUAAAUCAGUGCUAUCAAAUUUCUUUCGAUAUGACUUAGGUUCCAUCACAAAUUUAAGAUACAGGUACAAAGACGAUGUUUACGACCGGCUCUGGUUUCCUUUUAAAUGGGAUGAGAUGAGAAAUCUAAGCAGCAAUGAAGAUAUAUUAACUCAAAAUAUUUAUAAACCACCAGGAAUUGUUAUGAGCACUGCUAUUACACCAUUUAAUGUCAGUGCCCCUAUACAAUUUAGUUGGAGUUCAGAUGAUGUAAAUGACCAAUACUACUUCUACUUGUACUUUAACGAGGUUGAGAAGCUGGCUGAAAGUGAAACAAGAGCAUUCAAUAUCAUAGCGAAUGGAAAACUCUUAUAUGGACCUGAAAUACCUGCAUACCAAAGAGUACAUACCAUAUUAAGUACAGCAGCUUUGACUGGAGCCGGAAGGUAUAUAUUUACCCUUUCUAAGACAGACAAUUCAACUCUUCCACCCAUCCUCAAUGCCAUGGAGGUUUAUAAACUAAUAGACUUCUCACUAUCAGAAACUCAAAAGGAUGAUGUUGAUGCUAUCACAAGCAUCAAGAAGAAUUAUGGAGUGGCUAAAAAUUGGGAAGGAGAUCCAUGUGGUCCUGUGAAGUAUAUGUGGGAAGGUCUAAACUGCAGUAUUGAUGAUGGCCUCAACCCUCCAAGAAUCACAUCUUUGAAUUUGUCUUCAAGUGGAUUGACAGGGCAGAUAGUAUCUUCUAUAUCAAAGCUCACCAUGUUACAGUAUUUGGAUUUAUCAAACAAUAGCUUAAACGGUUCUUUACCUGAUUUUCUGCAACAACUACAGUUUCUAAAAGUAUUAAAUGUGAAAAAUAACAAUUUAACAGGAUUAGUUCCAAGUGGACUUCUUGAGAGAUCAAAAACGGGUUCUUUGUCACUAAGUGUGGAUGUGGAACUAAAAUCUUCUCCUUAACUGAGUAACCAUUGUUAAGGAGAUUACCUCUCCGUCCUAUAUUCAGUGUCACUCUGGAUUUUCCAGCAUGAUAAUCUUGGUUUGUAUGAUAUGUAAUAUAUAAUUUUUAUUGUGAAUGUUUGAUAAGAGUAAAAAGAGUUGUGUGCCAAAUAGUAGUUGGGUGAAUGAUGCUUAGUAAAAAGUAAUACUUUCCUCCUAAAAUAUUAGGAAGAAUAAUGUGUAUGAACAUAAAUAAAUUGUUAGUUUUGUCAUAUUUAA